UUCCAGGGGCUGAACGCCCGCCUCGCCUUUGCCAUCGCUGCAGCCGCCUUCGGAUCCGCCUUCCAGCAUGGCUACAACCUCGGCGUCAUGAAUGCGCCACUAGGGCUAAUCGAGGACUGGCUAAACCAAACGAGCGCCACCGAAAGUGAGGUGAACGACACGGUGUCCAACAGCACGAGGACAUACAUGGAUAAAAGCGAAACGACGAUGAUUGUGUCGAUUAUUGUGUCCAUUUAUUGCGUGGGCGGCAUGAUCGGAGGCUCUCUCACGGGAUUCUUCGCUAAUAGGUUCGGCCGCAAAGGAGGCCUCCUCGUGAACAAUAUCUUCGCCGUCAUCGCUGCGAUUUUCUUCGGUUUCUGCAAACUGGCCAACUCUUACGUCAUGAUUAUUAUCGCCCGCUUCUUCAUCGGCGUCAACAACGGUCUUAACGCCGGCUUGGCUCCGAUGUACCUUUCGGAAAUUGCGCCCGUGAACCUCCGAGGCGCCAUUGGUACCGUCUACCAGCUCGUCGUCACCAUCUCCAUCCUGUUCUCACAGAUUCUGGGUCUGGAGUCCAUCCUCGGAACGGCAGACCUGUGGCCCAUCCUCCUCGCCCUGACCGCCCUGCCCGCCGUCUUCCAGCUGGUCACUCUGCCAAUCUGCCCCGAAUCUCCCAAGUACCUCCUGAUCAACAAGGAAGAGGCUAUUUCUGCCCAGCGUGCACUCACUUGGCUCCGCGACACAAACAACGUGCAAGAGGAAAUGGGCGAGAUGAGGAACGAAGCAGAGGCAGCCAAGUUGGUCCCCCACGUGUCUCUGCGCGAAAUCACCACCAACCCGACCCUGCGCAUCCCUCUGGUUAUUUCCAUGAUGAUGAUGAUCGCUCAGCAGCUCUCUGGUAUCAACGCUGUCAUCUUCUUCUCCACGAAAAUCUACCAGGCUGCCGGCCUUAGCGACGAGGCCUCUUUGAACGCCACCAUCGCCAUGGGAACCAUGAACGUGCUCAUGACCGUCUGCUCCCUCGUCAUGGUGGAGAAGUUCGGCCGCAAGACCCUCAUGCUCGCCGGCCUCUUCGGCAUGCUGGUCGACGUCCUCCUCCUGUUCAUCUGCCUCCUGCUCAAGGACCUGGCCUCGUGGAUCAGCUUCCUGUCCAUCUUCCUCGUCAUCUUCUUCGUGGUGAUGUUCGCCGUCGGGCCCGGAUCCAUCCCCUGGUUCCUCGUGACCGAGCUCUUCGCCCAGAACGCCCGGCCGGUCGCCUCCUCGAUCGCCGUGGCCGUCAACUGGACCGCCGCCUUCAUCGUCGGUCUUGGCUUCCUCCCCAUCCAGGAGGUUAUCGGCCCCUACGUGUUCCUGAUCUUCGUCAUCCUUCUCUCCAUGUUCAUCCUGUUCACGUGGAAGAAGGUUCCGGAGACAAAGGGCCGCUCCAUCGACGAAAUCACAGCCAUGUUCAAGCAGUCGGCUUAUGGAGGCAACAGCGUGUGAGGAGAACGGACAACUUCCGUCGUUCCCUCCGGAGCGAACGGAGAAGUGAAAGCCGUUCAAGGUGUGAUGUUUUUUAAGGAGAGAUGAGAGGAGAAAAUAUAAAGAAGUAUGUGUACAUAGUUGUGCCGUCAGUGGAAUGCAGUCGUCAUAUUUGCGAUUGACAUUCUUAUUUGGGAUUUUCCUCGUGAUUAGUUUUGAGACACGAGCCGGCUUGUCCUGGGCUCGAAGGUCGGGCAUUCAAAGGUCAUUAGAACUUUAGAGGGCCUUCCCAUCGCCGAAGAACUGACAUUUCUUCGUGUGGACGAGGAAGAACCGUUCCUCUGGGCUCCGCGUAGCUUCGAUCAGAACACCAGAUUUUCUCCGUUUAAUUUCUAGAGCCGUAGGUGUUGUGACGUACCAUGUGCCGUAGACUUGUGGAAGUUUAUACUGAAAUGGAGGACACCACGUCGGUGUUUCAAUUGUCAUUUUCUUUUCUUUUUUUAUCUUCACAUCCCAAGAGAAAGGUCCAAGAGGGCUCCAGCACAGCAAAACGCGCCUUGGGAUUCCCUCGCUUUCAAAGAGGAUUUCACUCCUCUACGAAUGGGUCUUUCAGGGUGAUCGAAUGGGCUUUGAAAGCGGGUGAGUCACCUGGCGUCGCUUUUCUUAUGUAUAUGUGAAAAAAAAAUAGAACUGUGCCUGGUUUGGCCUUCCUUAAUUGUGUGAUAUAAACUUUGCUAAUAGGAGAGUAUUUUUUGUGAGAAAAAACAUGAUAUAUGUUAAAUGUUAUAUUGGGGAAUUGUGAUGGGGUUU